AUUUGAAGUGCAGCCAAUGAAUUAGAGUGAGAAAACCUAAAAAUUUGUGUAUUCACUCUAUGGAUCCUUAAAUUGGGUGUAUAAGAGGGUGUGGGGUAAAUGGGCAUUUGACUAUUUGGGAAGAGAGUAGAAAUAUCAACAUACGGUCAAAAACUAAGGAGAAAAAAUGAAGGGUCACAAUAGACCACAAGCCCAUGCAGGAAGGCAAUGCAUGACAUAACUUUUGUUAAUCAAAUAGUUCAAAAAUGCAAAUCUUCAUUUAAAAAAAUCUGAAGCAAAGGGAAAGGAUAAAACAGGUUAAAGGAGGAUCAUAACAUGGCCACAACAAGAGAAAUAAAUGUUCAGAAAAUCAACUUUUCUUGGCCAUUGUAAGGUAGAAGAGGAACAUGCAUGUGACUACACAAAUGGGAAAUGGGUAUACGACAAUCUUGGGCCAUUAUACAAUGAGACAAGCUGUGGGACCAUGAAAGAAGGGAGGAAUUGCUUGAGCCAUGGAAGGCCUGAUAAGCAAUAUCUGUAUUGGAGAUGGACCCCAGAAAACUGCAAACUUCCCAGGUUUGAUCCAAAGACAUUUCUUGAAACCUUGAGGAACAAGCAUCUAGCCUUUGUGGGUGAUUCGAUUGCCAGGAACCAAUUGGAAUCACUUCUGUGCAUGAUAGCCACUGUUUCCACACCUGAAUUGGUUUAUUCACAUGGUGAGGACAAUAAGUUUAGAAGGUGGUACAUUCCAACCCACAAUUUGAAUGUCUCCAUUUACUGGUCACCAUUUUUAGUGAAGGGCAUUGAGAAAAACAACGAAAAGAAUUAUAAUGUCCAUAACUUAGAGUCUGUGGAUGAGAGGUGGGCUUCUGAUAUAGGGAAGAUUGACAUUUUGGUUUUAUCAGUAGGGCAGUGGUUUAAGCUUCCUGCUGUUUUUUACUAUAAUGAUCAGGCAUUGGGUUGCCAUAUUUGUGAAGGAAAGAAUUAUACAGAAAUUGGAUUUGAUGGCCCACUUAGGAUGGCAUACAAGACUGCCUUCAAAUCAAUUCUUGAACGAAAAGGUCCUACUGGUGGUUCAAUCAAUGCUAUUCUCACAACAUUCCCUCCUGCACAUUUUGAAGGGGAAUGGGACAAGUUGGGGACUUGUUCUAAGACCCUACCCUACGAACCAGAGGAGAAAGUUCUUCAAGGGAUGGAAGAAGAUAUGCGGAAGAUUGGGAUAGAUGAAGUGAGAGAGGCAAAACAAAAGGCCAAGGAGUUUGGGAACAGGAUUAAAUUAGAGGCAUUGGAUAUUACUAAGUUAUCAUUGCUUAGGCCAGAUGCUCACCCUGGUCCAUAUAUGCUUCCUAAUCCUUUCGAAAAUGGAGUGAAGGAUCGCUUACCUAACGAUUGUGUUCACUGGUGUUUGCCAGGGGCUAUUGAUACAUGGAAUGAGAUUUUGUUAAAGGUUAUUAAGAGAUUGAUGUGAAAUGUAUAGAUUUUCCAUUGAAGCCAUACGGUUUUGUAUUUUUGUCCGUCUUAUGUGUUGAUGCUGUUUGAGUAUGGAAUUUUGUGAGUACAAAAUCUGAAAAUGGGACAAGAAAAGCUGACCGCUCAAGCGGUUUAGCCAACUCUCCUCUUUUUGCGGCCUAUGGGCGAGAUCAUAUCUCAUCAUCAUUACCCCAGUACCGAUAAGGCUCCCCACCUACAGUGGGGUAACGGGGGAUCGGAUGUACGCAGUCUUACCCCUGCAUGAAAGAACAGAAAGACUAUUUCCGGAUGUCCCAUAGUGAGUCAUUUUUCUU